AUGCUCGCAGUCCUUUCACCAGAGCAUGCGACCUGCUACGAGAUGGAAUUUAUUUCUCUCAUGAUGCGUUGUUUUGUGUUUGGGAGCUAUGGUCGUUCAUGUUACAUCACUCGGGCCAACCGACCAACGCCCCGGGGAACCUUUCGUUGUCAAACCACCCAGCUCAGAGAUGCCGAGAGGUUUGCGGUUUGCCCGCCACUCAUUUAUUUCAGUCGAUGUAAAAAAAAAGCGAGGAGGCCAGCUAUAAAGCUGCAUAACUCUGAAAAAGUUUUCAUAAAAUGUGGGUGGUUACACCUUAGAGAGUCCUGCCAGGGCCAGGUACUCUACGUACCCCACCAAAUGUUUCCGUCAUAA